CACUUGCAGUGUUCAAUAAAGUGGUAGCGGUGCAUUUCGCCUCCUGUAAACACGAGGUCGCACCGAGAUUCAGUCAGUUCCUCUCUGUCAGGCUGGGAAAGCGCUUCUGCGGCACCAGAGGUGUGCCCUCAGAAAUGUCACCUCUGCUGUGCGUGUGCUGUCUGCUCCUGGCAACCCGGAGCUCGGCUUUUAAUCUGGAGACAACCAACACGAUCGCCAAGGAAGGAGAAACAGGCAGUUUGUUUGGAUUUUCCGUGGCGUUACACAAGCAGACGACCCCGAACGUACAGAGCUGGAUUCUGGUGGGAGCACCUCAGGCCCGUGCCCAGUCCCAGCAGCUCGCCAAUCGCACUGGAGGACUCUUUGCCUGUCCAAUAAUAACCGAAGAUGAUGAGUGUGAUCAAGUCGAAAUUGAUAAUGAUGUUGAUCUGAAGAGGGAGAGUAAAGAGAACCAAUGGUUGGGUGUGACGGUCAAAAGCCAAGGAAUUGGAGGGAAGGUUGUGACCUGUGCCCAUCGCUAUGAGCUGAGGCAGCGUGUGAAUCAGUCGGCGGAAACCCGCGACAUGAUCGGGCGCUGCUACGUGCUGAGCCAGGACUUGCAAAUCCGAGAUGAGCUGGAUGGUGGUGACUGGAAGUUCUGUGAAGGCCGCACGCAGGGUCACCAGCGCUUCGGGUACUGCCAACAGGGCAUCGCGGCAGGUUUCACACCAGACGAGCAUUACAUUUUAUUUGGUGCCCCGGGCACGUACAACUGGAAAGGUAAUGUUCGGACAGAACAGUUGAGUCAUUCUUUGGUUCACUUGGGCAUCUAUGACGACGGUCCAUAUGAAGCUGGUGAUGAAAGAAAGCAGGACGCUAAUCUGAUUCCUGUACCUGCCAAUAGUUACUUAGGUUUAAUAUUUCUGACAACUACCAGUAGUUCAGACCCUGAUCAGUUGGUUUACAAGACACCGGACCCAGCUGAGAAACCAGCGCGGAGUUCUCACGACGUAGCCCAACAUAGUUACUUAGGAUUCUCAGUAGAUUCAGCUAAAGGUCUCACUCAGCAAGACGAGCUGAGUGUGGUCUCUGGGGCACCCAGAGCCAACCACACUGGCGCUGUGGUGAUCCUGAAGAAAGAGGGCGUCAACAGACUGGCACCAGAACACAUUCUGUGGGGCGAGGAGCUGGGGUCCUCAUACGGCUAUGCGGUCGCCACGGUUGACCUUAACAACGAUGGGUGGGUGGAUCUCGUGGUCGGUGCUCCCUACUUCUUUGACCGAAAGGAAGAGAUCGGUGGUGCCGUCUAUGUCUACAUUAACCAGGCCGGCAAGUGGGGUGGCGUGAGGAGUCUCCGGCUGAAUGGGACCAAAGAUUCCUUGUUUGGGCUGGCCGUGGCUAACAUUGGCGACAUCAAUCAAGAUGGAUUUGAAGGUGGGUCCGGGGAGGCAAAGCUGGGGAGUUUUGUAACAAUUUCAAGCAACUUACUCACGGCUUAUAUUCUUUCGUUUCUUGCAAACUGUGGAAGGGCUGAUUCCCUCAUAAAGCCACUCUUCAAAGCAUCGGAAAGAAAAUCCGAAAAUCCCAUGUGGAAAACCUGUCCGUGUUUCCCUUGUCCUGCUGAACCGUGUGUGCCCUUGUGCUCUCAGAUAAUCGAAGGUGAAACGGUCGGCGUGACAAAAUUUGGCUACUCCAUCGCUGGGGGACUCGACGUUGAUGAUAACUUUUACCCCGAUAUGGUGGUUGGCUCACUCUCCGACUCGGCGGUUCUGUUCAGAGCUUGUCCUGUCAUUAAUGUGACGAAACAGGUUUACAUCAAGCCCCAGCCAAUUGAUCUGGAAUUAAACAACUGCAGACGUGAACCGGGGAUCUGUAUUGAUGUCAGGGCCUGCUUCCUUUACAGAUCGAAGCCUGGAUCCUACAACCCCAGGAUUGUUCUUGGCUUUGUACUUGACGCCGAUUCAGUUGAGGUGGAUGGCCAACGCAAAAGGCCUCCCCGGGUCUCCUUCCAGAGAAGGAGACCGAGUGACCCUGAGAACCAAUACAGCGGAGAGGUAGUCCUGCGGAGGCAAACCGAAUCCAGCUGUAUCAACGUUACCAUGAAACUACAGGAGAACCUGCGGGAUAAACUGCGGCCCAUCCCGGUGACAUUGACCUACGUGAUCAAGGAGGUGAAGCGCAAAAAGAAGCAGGUGGAGAGGCAGCUGACUCACCUGAUGCCUGUCUUAAAUGCUCAGGACUCAAACGUACACAGAGAAGAGGUGAAUUUUCUAAGGGAGGGUUGUGGCCCGGAUAAGAUUUGUCAGAGUAACUUACAGAUGAAGUAUAACUUUUGCACCAGACUUGAUGAGGAUGUAUUCCAGCCCUUGUCAAAAGAUGAGCAAGGACAGCAGGUAUUUUAUCUCAGUGACCAGAAGGACAUUGCCUUGGAGAUUACCGUCACUAACCUGCCGUCGGACAUGGCAAACCCAAUGAAAGACGGUGAUGAUGCUCACGAGGCAGUCCUGAUUGCGAACUUCCCAGACACUCUCUUCCACUCUGCCUUCCGAACAUCUCCAAAACAGGACAGCAGUCUGGUCUGUGUUGCCAAUGCCAAUGGAUCCCAGGCCGAGUGUGAGCUUGGAAACCCAAUGAAGAGGAAUGCUCAGGUCACCUUUUACUUGAUCUUAAGCACUUCUAGAAUCGCCAUUGAAACAAGAACUUUACCGAUUGUACUUCAGCUAUCAACCAUCAGCGAACAGACCGGUUUGGACCCAGUCACAGCUACUGCUCACGUUAUACUGGUACUGCCAGUCUCUCUCGUUCCAAAUGUUGAACCUCAAAAUGUGUUUUUUGGAGGUGACAUAAUGGGAGAAAGUGCCAUGAGGAAAGAGGAGGAUUUGGGGAGUCGUGUUGAUUAUAAACUAACGGCAAGUACAAAUUGUUGACUAAUUACUCAGUGAA